AUGCACGUCGAGCCUGUUUUGAGUAACGCCGACUUAUAUGUCACGACGCCGCCAGCCUACACACAAUCAAUUGCAGAGGGUGAGAUUUCAGUCGAUGCAGAAGCGGCCCAAGGAGAGAAACCUGAGGUAUUUGAGCGAUCACCGGAACGAAGUACAUCCUCGUACCACCCUCUGCAACAGCAGAUAUCGAACGCUUCAACUACUAGAGACAUACCCCAACUGCAAGAACAGGGGUUAGAGCGAGAAUUUCAUGCGCACAAUACUACUCCCCAAGUACCUGCAGUAUCAGCUCCUGUGCUAGGACAAUAUCUCACUGAGCCAGUCUCGACUGCCAAUCUGGUGGGUGUAAGAGCGUGUAGUAUUUUGCACGACCGUCCAGCGAUAUGGCUUGUAAAGCGGAAGAAGACAGCGCUUUCCCCGCUUGCAGCUGCAGUGCUCACGAAAGAAGGGCUUAUCGGUGCCAAAGACCUAGAGUUAAUAUCACAGCACUCAGGUACCAGGCGUGACCCCAUCGACCCUCUGUCUGGCGUUCUUCUCGGCGUUUCCGACACUGUUGGAGAGCUCAUGCUCGGCCUUGUUGCAGGACCGGUAGAACUGGGUAAACAUGCGAUACCCAUGUUAGCACGCUAUGAAUCGAGACGAACAGAGAAUCCAGACGGCAAUAAUUUAUCCGUGACUGCUAGUGAUGUCAAAGGUGUACCUCAUGCAGCGGCGCAAGUGGCAAUAGGGACUGGCAAAGGUGUGGGCCGCAUGAUCGCCGCGAGCUUGAAAAGCCCAAUGCUGAUGAUGCAUGGGGUCACAAGAGGGUUUCACAACCUGCCAAAAUUAUACGGGGAAGAGGUCAGAGAGUACGACAACAUUACUAACUUAAGAAGCGGGCUACUGGUCAGCGCAAAGAGCUUCGGAUAUGGUCUUAGUGAUGGUCUGAAGGAUCUGGUAGCAAAGCCAAUUGAUGGAGCCGAACAAAACGGCAUUGUUGGUUUCGGCACUGGUCUGGCAAAAGGAUUCGGGAAUGCUAUGUUCAAGCCUGCCGCGGGCGCAUGUGGUCUGAUUGGAUAUUCCGCCGUUGGUGUUUACAAAUCGAUUCGAAACAUCAAGAUCAGGAAGCAGGACGAUCCCGCGAAGUUGGUACGAGAGCUAGGUGAGGUCGAAUAUGCGCAAGCAAAUGAUGCGGAUAAGCUGUACGUCGUGCGCGUUUGGUGCCAGAUCCAGAUGCGCGUGCGAUUGACCUAG